AACGCCCCGCAAAACCUCCUCCCCUCACCGCCGCCGCCAUGGCGAGUGCGCCGCAAAACCCCACCACGGCAGCCGCCGCCGGCGACGCCCUCCGCGUGGCCGACCUCCCCGGCCGCGGGCGCGGCCUCGUCGCCGCCCGCAGCGUCCGCGAGGGCGAGGUGCUCCUCUCCGAGCCGGCGCUGCUCCUCUACCCGUCCACCCUCGCCUCCCUCCGCGCCUACUGCGCCGCCUGCUUCCGCGCCCUCCCCGCCGCCGCCGCGGUCCCCUGCGCCUCCUGCCGCGCCGCGGCCUUCUGCUCCCCGGCCUGCGCCGCCGCCGCGCACCCGCGCGUCCUCUGCGCCGCGCUCUCCCACGGCGGCGGCGCCGGCCUCGCCGCAGCCGCCCCCACCGAGGCGGUCCAGGAGCCGCUCCUCUUCCUCCUCGCGGCCUACUCCCUCCCGGACCCCGCCCUGCGCGCCGUCCUCUCCCUCUCCUCGGCGCCGCCCCCGCCCCCGGGCGCGCAGGACGCCGCGGGCCUCCACGCCGCGGUGGCGGCGCUGGCGCCGCCGCACCUGCUUCCCGCUGGCUUCUCGCCGGACCUCACGGCGGCGCUCCUCGCCAAGGACCGGGGCAACAGCUUCGCCAUCAUGGAGCCGUACCGCCCCGGGAUGUCGCUCGAGCUCCUGAAGGCGCGCGCCUACGCGGUGUACCCGCGGGCGUCGCUGUUCAACCAUGACUGUCUGCCCAACGCGUGCCAUUUCGAUUAUCCCGACAGGCCGGGGCCGGGGAACACCGACAUUGUGGUGCGUGCGCUGCAUGAUAUGUCAGAGGGGAGGGAGGUCUGUAUCAGCUACUUCGCGGCCAAUUGGAGGUACGCAGACAGGCAGCGCAGGCUGCUUGAGGAUUAUGGAUUCCGGUGCGAGUGUGAUCGGUGUCAGGUGGAGAGCCGGUGGAAGGAUGAUGAUGAUGAUAACAAUGGAGAUGAUGGGGAUGACGCCAUGGAGGAGGAGGAGGAUGGUGGAGAUGGAGGUGAUGAUGGGAUGGAGGAGGAGGGGGAUGGUGAUGCUGAUGGCGAUGAUGAUUUCCCUCAUGCCUACUUCUUUGUGAGGUACUUGUGUGACAGUGAGGGUUGCUGGGGAAUGCUUGCUCCGUUGCCACCCUCACCUAAUGGCGAGCUGUCCCAUGUGUUUGAAUGCAAUCUCUGUGGGAAGCUGAGGAAGGAAGAGGACGCCAUGCCUGAUGAGGGCGGUUCUGGCAUGGUCCAUUAGGAUGAGUUAAGCAUACUGAUCUGAUCUCUGCUUCUUUUGAUGGAACACUUGGCGAAGGACUUCUUCUUGGCGACCCCCUCUUCUUGAGCUGGUUAGCAGACAAAAGAAUGGGUUCGAUCUUCGAUUCACCUGAAGGCAGGAACUUGUAUGGUUGCUCAUGGAAUACCAUAUUGCAGGCGGUCCUUGUGCUGUGUUUGAAAAUCCUAUUUGGGCUGUACAAUUUUAUUGUAUACCUUGACUUUUUCCCCCUUGGUGAUUCGAAUCUGGAAAGCUCAUGUACUUAAGGGUGAUGAUGACUCUAGUUUCAGCAUUACAGUGUGCUAGAAAUUAGUUUUUCCACAUUGUGGUUGCUUCCGUCAUCUCGUUGCAUUUCGUGUCUACUGAAUGGAAUCGAGCAUAGCUCGGCCUGUGUUUUCAA